AUGGUUUCCAUCACAAAUGAAAAUGUUACACAAUUUUACAACAUCAUGGCCACCCAGGAGCUCACAGUCAGUCUGGCGAAUUUCCACAAUAAUUCAGGAGUGCAUCAGCUCAAUCAAUGUAUUAGUUCAGAUGUAUGGAAAUGGCUACAGGAUUUUCAGCCUGCAUUCCUCUGGUUUAUAUUUAUUCUGGGAGCAAUAGAAAAUUCCUUUGUCCUCAUCGUCCUGUGCUUCCACAAGAGUUGCUGUUCAGUGGCUGAAAUUUACCUGGCAAACAUGGCAUUUGCUGACCUGAUGUUAGUCUGUGUUUUACCCUUCUGGGCCAUUAAUAUUUCUAAUAACUACCAUUGGCCUUUUGGCCUGUUCCUCUGCAAAGCUGUCAACAUAAUGAGUAACAUGAACUUUUAUUCUAGUAUUUAUUUCCUGACACUAGUGAGCAUCGACCGCUAUCUGGCCUUGGUGAAAACCAUGUCUCUUGGACGGAUGCGACGUACUGUCUGUGCCAAAUGGAAUAGCUUCAUAGUCUGGACAUGUGCGUUGCUCAUAUGUUCACCUACAAUGAUGUUCAGAAAUUUAGAGUAUUACAAAGAAUACAACAUAACAGCCUGCCUUCUUGUUUAUCCAGCCAGCUACUGGGUGCCUGCAAACAACUGUUUGCUUAAUAUUGUGGGGUUUGUGAUCCCGCUCUGUGUAAUUACCUAUUGCACUACGGAAAUCAUCAAAGCCCUGCGAAGCAGUGAGCUACAAAAACAGAAGUUAGUCCAGACAGAGAGGAAAGCCACCAUGCUGGUCCUUGCUGUGCUCUUGCUGUUCAUCUUUUGCUGGCUUCCAUUCCAGAUCAGCACAUUCAUCGACACAAUCCAUUACUUCAUGCCUACUUGGAAAUGCCUGGAAGACAUCAAUGACGUAGUGACUCAGGUAGCUACGUACUGUGCCUUUAGCAACAGCUGCCUGAACCCAGUCCUGUAUGUAAUAGUUGGGAAGCACUUCCAGAAGAAGGCUGCAGAAUUCUACAAAGACUUGUUCCCAAAGAGCUGCAGAAAAUCACGGUCUGUACAGACGGAAAACUCCCUGGACACUUUAAGAACUUCCAUUUCAAGUGAAUAUCCAAGGAAAAAGUCUGUUUUCCCAUUACCACAAUAG